GUGUGGAGAGGAGCGAUGAGGAGGGGCGGCUGAUGGGCUUCCUGGGGAAUUACCGGGGUUUUUUUGUGUCCAGCUGGCCCUCCGAGUUAACGCUGGGAAAUGCGGGGCAACUGCGUGUCGAGUUUUUACGUGUAUUUACUUUGCUUGCACUGCUCCGAAUAUUGCAGCACAAUGCAGGCGAGGGUGGCAGGGACUGGAAACAGAGUGCAGUUGGCCAAGUUUUUUAUUUCACUCUGACUGAAAAGCGAGAGAAAAUUAGAAUAUGAAACAGGAGCCAAAAUGACAUCCCGAUUUGGAAAGACCUACAGCCGGAAAGGGGGAAACGGCAGUUCCAAGUUUGAUGAAGUGUUUUCCAACAAACGGACCACCCUUAGUACAAAAUGGGGAGAAACCACCUUCAUGGCCAAAUUAGGACAGAAGAGGCCCAGUGUCAAACCAGAUAUUUCCGAAGUUCCUAAAAGACCCAAAGUUGAAGAUGAGGUAACAGAGGAUCCAUUUGGAUUUGACAGUGAUGAAGAAUCUCUUCCUGUGUCUUCAAAGAAUGUGGCACAGGCUAAAAGCUCCUCUCAGCUGGAACCCGGUGAAGCUGCUCAGUCUGAGGACUUCACUCCUCUACUUGAAGCUAACAGCAGAAUUAAUCAGCCAGACAGUGGAGAAAAUGUUGCAUCCAGCAAGUGCAUACCUUUCGACAAUACUGUUCCUCUCUUAAAAGAAAAGAGCACAAGCAAAAACAUGGAAGAUGGAGAAUGCAAGGGCAGCAGUGCUAAACUUGCAGCUGCAGAUAAAAUCCAGAAUUUGAAUGAAGAUAAUGAGAACAGUCAUUUUAUCUAUGGGAAUGCCGAAGACAGUAACAAAACCAAUGCUGAGACUACAGACCCUUCUGGAUGCAACAUUGAAGCCAAGGACUUGACUGAUUCUUGGGACUCCCACCUGGGGAAAACAGCAGACUCUCCAUCAGAAACAUCUCAGACCAAGGGGCCAUUAAGAACUCACUUGUACGACUGGGAGGAUGAAAGCGAAGACACCAGAACUGGAGAGUAUAUAUUAGCUUUUGACAAUGAACAUCUCUCAGAGAUGAAGAGCAAGGAUGAGGAGGGUGAUAAAGAAGACAGUGAAAAUCCAAAGGAAGCCAUUAGUGAAGAACUUGUGCAAACUAUUCCUAGGCCAAGCAACUGUAGGACAUAUUGUCGAUCCAACAAAGCAAAACUGCAGGGGGCAACGAAUUUUGACAAGCUGAUGGAUGGCGCUAGUCAGUCUUUAUCCAAAGCAAACAAUGAGUCAAAUAACGAUGGUCUGAACCCAGGAAAAAAAGUUUCUUUGAGUAGUGGGACCAGUUUUAGAGGGACGGUGGGACGGACUAGAGACUACACUGUUCUCCAUCCAUCUUGCUUGUCAGUUUGUAACGUUACCAUCCAGGAUACCAUGGAGCGCAUCGACGAGUUCACCACGGCAGCCCCGACUGACCUGGGAGAAGCUGGACGCUUGAGGAAAAAAGCAGACAUGGCCACCACAAAAACCACGACCAGGUUCCGACCCAGCAAUACCAAAUCCAAAAAGGAUGUCAAAUUAGAGUUUUUUGGGUUUGAUGAUCAAGACGAGGGAGGGGGAGAUGAAGGCGCCUCUAGAAGUUCUGGGAGUUCCAAUUACAAAAUCAAGUACUUUGGGUUUGAUGACUUAAGUGAAAGCGAGGACGAAGAUGAAGAGUGGCAGGUAGCAGAAAGGAAGGCUAACAAAAAACGAAGUAGAACUGUACCAUCUUCUUCACUACAGUCAACCUCUGAGGGCAAUGAAAACUGUUCCCAGGACAGCCAGCUCAGUACUAAUGCAGAUCUGGAGUUUUCAGAGGAUGCAUCUGGUGUGCUUGAAGGCAAUAAGAAAUCCACAAAUAAACAAGGUGAUAAAUCUAAGGAAAACACCAGGAAGAUUUUUAGUGGGCCGAAGCGGUCUCCCACAAAAGCUGUGUAUAAUGCUAGACACUGGAACCAGCCAGAAUCAGAGGCUCUGCCAGCACCACCAGCUUUGAAAACUCCCAGUGUCCCAGUAAGGCUAUCUUCAAAGGAGGCAAUUCAUAAAGAUGAUGGAGUUUUUAAGGCUCCUGCACCACCUCCCAAAGUGAUAAAAACUGUGACAAUACCUACUCAGCCCUACCAAGAGAUAGUAACUGCAUUGAAAUGUAGGAAAGAAGACAAAGAAUUAUACACUGUUGUUCAGCAUGUAAAGCACUUCAAUGAUGUAGUGGAAUUUGGUGAAAAUCAAGAGUUCACAGAUGAUAUUGAGUACUUGCUAAGUGGAUUGAAGAGCAAUCAACCCCUAAACACACGUUGCCUUAGUGUAAUCAGCUUGGCGACCAAGUGCGCCAUGCCCAGCUUCCGAAUGCAUCUGAGAGCACACGGGAUGGUAGCCAUGGUUUUCAAAACACUGGAUGAUUCCCAACACCACCAGAAUUUGUCCCUUUGUACAGCAGCUCUGAUGUACAUCCUGAGCAGAGAUCGCUUGAACAUGGAUUUAGACAGAGCCAGUCUAGAUCUGAUGAUACGGCUUUUGGAAUUGGAACAAGAUGCUUCUUCUGCCAAGCUACUGAAUGAAAAAGACAUGAACAAAAUUAAGGAAAAAAUUCGGAGACUGUGUGAAACCGUUCACAACAAACAUCUCGAUCUCGAAAACAUCACGACCGGGCAUUUGGCAAUGGAGACGUUACUGUCUCUCACCUCAAAGCGAGCUGGGGACUGGUUUAAAGAAGAACUGCGACUUCUGGGUGGUCUGGAUCAUAUUGUAGAUAAAGUUAAAGAAUGUGUGGAUCACCUAAGCAGUGAUGAAAAUGAGGAGAAGUUGGUUGCUUCGUUAUGGGGUGCAGAAAGGUGUUUACGGGUCUUAGAAAGCGUAACUGUGCAUAAUCCAGAAAAUCAGAGCUAUCUGAUAGCAUACAAAGACUCACAACUCAUAGUCUCCUCUGCUAAAGCCCUGCAGCAUUGUGAGGAGUUAAUCCAGCGAUAUAAUCGUGCUGAAGACAGUAUCUGCCUACCAGACAACAAGCCUUUGCCUCACCAGAAUGUAACUAACCAUGUGGGUAAAGCAGUGGAAGACUGUAUGAGGGCCAUCAUUGGGGUCUUGCUCAACCUGACAAAUGAUAACGAAUGGGGUAGUACAAAAACAGGUGAACAAGAUGGUCUGAUAGGCACAGCAAUGAAUUGUGUGCUUCAGGUUCCAAAGUUCCUACCUCAAGAACAGAGAUUUGAUAUUCGGGUGCUGGGAUUGGGUCUGUUGAUCAAUCUGGUGGAAUACAGUGCCCGGAACAGGCACUGUCUCGUCAAUAUGGAGACAUCGUGUUCCUUUGACUCCCUGUGCACGGGCGAAGGAGACGAGAGCCUGAAGAUAACUGGACAGAUUGAUGCUGUCCAGGCUUUAGUGCAGCUAUUCCUGGAGUGUGAGCGAGCGGCACAGCUGGCUGAGAGCCAGACAGACGAGUUGAUUAAAGAAGCUCCUACUGCUCAGCAUGAUAAGAGUGGGGAAUGGCAGGAGACAAGUGGGGAGAUCCAGUGGGUCUCCACAGAAAAGCCAGAUAGUACUGAAGAGAAGGUUAAGAAGGAAGAAGAUGAUGAAGAACUUGAUCUUAAUAAAGCUCUUCAGCAUGCUGGGAAGCACAUGGAAGACUGCAUUGUGGCCUCAUACACAGCAUUGCUUCUAGGCUGUCUCUGCCAGGAGAGUCCAAUCAAUGUGACUACUGUGAGGGAGUACUUACCUGAAGGGGACUUCUCGAUAAUGACUGAAAUGCUCAAAAAAUUUCUCAGUUUUAUGAACCUUACUUGUGCUGUUGGAACAACAGGCCAGAAAUCUAUCUCUAGGGUGAUUGAAUACUUGGAACACUGCUAGAUACUUAACUUCCGCUGCAGGCACUCUAAUGCUGGAGCUACCCUUAGACAAAAGAAGAAGUCAUGAAAGAAGUCCUUGAAGGAUAUACCAAGAGCAUUCAUCUGUGUCAUUCGUGUUCGGAUUUUUAAGGCUACCUGGUCUCUUAACCAUGCAUUCAGCAUUUUCUAAAAGACAGUUACUACAUCAAUCUGCAACUAUCAAAAAUGAGGGGAAAAAGGUUCUGAGGAAAGUAAAUAAAGAAACCUUGCUGUUUAUGAUGCAGUGCAGUAUUUAAAUAUUUUUGGCAGGGUCUGCCCUCCCUAUCUUUUUUUCUUGCUUUGUUCGUGACAAGUUUCAAGGGGAAAAACUUGCUGCUGAUAGUGCAACUGCUGUUUACUGUUGAGCCACUGUUUCAUGCCAGCCAGGUGCAAAGGCAGCUUAGCUACUGAGGUAUCAAACAAAUGUUCUAAUAAAGAAGUUCUGGACAGCAGCACCGCUCCUAUUUGAGUUUAAUUUGCUCUUGCUUUUUUUAUUACUAGAUAAUUCCAAAAUCAUAAAAUAUAAAUUUUUAAAUACUUUUGUGAUUUUAACUACUGUCUAUAUUUAAAAUUUGUUGGAAUCCAAAGAGGCGAGGAUUGGAUAGUUUAUUUUUUAUACUGUUUUGAUUGAAAUUAGGUCGUUGAACUAUUUCUCAGUUCUACACCUCCCACGGCCCAUGUACUGUAACGGGACAGACCAUAAUGCUUUGUAGUUCCAAGCAUGCAGCCCCAGCACCACACAAAGCCAUUCUGAGGGUGUGUUAUCCACUAAAGAAAUAGGGACUAUAAAAAGUUGUGCCCUGUUUAAAAAAGCAAAGGAAAUAAAGGAAAAAAAUAUUAAAAAAAAAAAAAAAAAGAUGCUUAAUCCCAGGGUAGUUUACACUUCUAAUAAGCAAAAACUUUGAAAUGCUGUUUUAGUUUGUUUCGAGGAAGAACUCCAGGUGUGUUUUAUAAUGUUCAGUACAGGAAUUUGGAUGCUUUAGGGGGAAGAAUUUUUAAGAAGCUAAAACACCAAUGGGGAUUAAUGUUUCCAGCUGACAUAAUCUUUCUAUUUCAUUCUUCUGUAGUAUGACAGAGUUGAAAUGCAUACAACACAAAGCCUUAAAUUGCUGAUAUAGCUAAGAUUUUGUUCAGUCUGAGGUCUAGUUCACAGCAAAGCAUUGUGUUUGAAGACUGAAGUGGAACAAAGAAUCCCAGAAAAUACAUUAAUUUUUUUAGCAAUUUUUUUCUUGCACUCACUAUUCAGACCAACAGAAUUGGUAAUUAUUUUUAUUAAGGUGGUCUUGAAUAUUUGCAGACUGUUCUGAGAUCUGCUUCGCUGACAUUUUUAAAUACCUGUAUAGGUAGUUACAUCGUGUUACUCCAUGAAUUUGUAAAACUUGAAGCCAUAAGAAUAUUAGUUCUAUGUAUAAUGAGGAGGAAAUAACAGGAAAUCUAACCUGCUUUUAGAUCUUGUGUUAUCUCCAUGUAUAAAGUUAAGAACUUGUGCUUUUGUAUCAGUGCCAGCUGUAAAUUUUUUACAUACAGUGGCUGCCUUCUAUGUCUUCCUAUUUUUGAUAAUGCAGAUUGUUGGGAAUUCUGUAAGGAAGUAACUGAUUAGCGGCAAAAAUUUUAUGUUGGUCAUAUUUUUUUGCAUUUUCUCUCAUCACCUUCUAAAACUUAGUCUAUCAGUGUAACUUAGAAAAGUUUUUGAGGUUGUAUUCCCCUUCGUUAAAAAACAAAACAAAAAACCAGUAUUGAGAGAGAGGGAGAAGCUGGAUGUAAAUGGUCUGUAUCAGGAGGAAAUGACUGAAUAUUUGGCCCAUCUAGUUUUGUGAUUUUAGAGAUUUUCACUUAUAAUGGAAUUUCAAAUUGAUUAUGUGGUUUUCUGUGGAGAUAUGGCAAGAUAAAAGAAAAUCCAAAUGUGAUGAUGGGGGAAAGCAGGGACAACUACCUUUCUUCGUUACACUGGUAAUUGUUUGGGAAUUGAUUUACCUCAGUGUUUAACAGUUUUUUUAAAUGUAACUAAUUGUCAAGCACUGACAAAUGCAGAUACUUUUUUUUUGAGGGUGGGGGGAGAAAUCACCCUGUGAACUGCAGUGCAUUUUUGUGUGUUAGACCCUCAAAUAACUCUGCAUUAAAGGGUACUUGAGGCCAACUUGCAAAUUAAAGUUUUAAAGUAACUUUUUUUCCACUGUAAAUAUUUGUGUAAAUACUCUCAAUUGGAAAUUAGAACAGUAGAGUACUUUUCUGAAUCCAAUCCUAUUUUUAUUUUAUACAGUAUUUCUCAGCUGUGAUCUUUGGAGCAAAAGCCAACGGCAGGAAAAAUAGUUUGUACCAGUUUCAUGAAGUAUGUCUUUGGGUUUUUGUAAAUAAUUUUAACUCAAAUAAAAUUGCUACUUUCAAUACA